GUUCGAGCCUCUCAGAAGAGACUACAAAGCUGACUGAGAAGAGAGCAGACAGGCAAAGUGAUCGUCUGUUCAACAUUCCACACAGUCAACAACAUGCACCUGAAGAUUGUUUUAGUCCUGUUUCUCUUCUGCGCAGUUUCAGUACUUAGUAGACCAUUCCGAGGUCCUGGAAAUGUCACCACAAAUUGCUGCACAAAGGUAUCUCGGAAACGGAUUACAUUUCAGACUACUCAUUACAGGAUACAGCCAGAGUUACUUCCCUGCGUCAAUGCAAUCAUAUUUUACACUGUGGAAAGAGGGCCCCUCUGUGCUGACCCAAGAGCACGUUGGACAAGAAUCAAAAGAAGGGCGAUUGACAUGAGGAUUCAGGGUGGCACAAACUGAAGCUGGAUGGAUUAUUUCUGAAUUUAAAACCAAGAGAACAUAAAAUGUGAUGUUAUUAAAAAAGAUUUUUACGUAUUUAUGUGAAAGAGCUAUAUAGUAAUUGCCUAUUUUUUCUGUGGAUGUGAUAUAAUUGAAAUAUUACUGUAGCAUUAUCUCCUUAUUUAAAAUUGCAUAUUGGCAUUUUAUAUUUUUGCAAUAAAAUUGUUUGUUGAAAAAA